CGGCAACUAUACAGAAAUAAAAUACAAGGAAGUUAUCUCUAGUUUUUUCAUCAAGAUUGACAGGAGAGGCCUGUUCAACCAUCGCAUCGUCACAAGGCUAUACCGCACAUCUCACUAACAGGCUAGCCACGGGGCUGACCGUUGCCACUUGCCAGGCUUCAUACAUACGUCUCUCAAGCAACCGGGCCAACGUCUCGACCUUCCGCCGAGGGCUUAGCGAGGUAUCCCAGCAUUAAGCGUACCGUCUCUCAGACCAGCUACACCGGGAACCCACCGGCACGUCCCCACCCGUACCUGUGAUGGAGCCAGCCCCUGAGCCCGCCGCUAAACGCCAACGCAAGGAGCCAGCAUGGAAGGCGGGGUUCAUCGACCCCAACAAGCUGAAGGAGUACAAAGAUGGAAUUGCCGUACUACCAAGCGUUGUGGAUGAGGACGGCGCACGCCAACCAGCCAGCUCCAGCCCCUCCGGCGGCGGUGCCGACGCCUACCCCGGCGGGCCGCAGCUGCUGCAGGCGCGCGCGGUGGACCACAACCGCGUGGAGGUGGUGGUGGAGCACAACGGGCGGCGCUACCGAGGCCUCAUGGACCGCACGGGCAUGCCACAAGGAGUCGGGGUGGCGAUCCGGGUGACUCGGGAGGAGCUGGCCUCCAUCGCAGCCGCCCCGCCGCACGGCGAGAACCCCAACAACAUGUGCGCGCUGUGCAACACACCGCUGGAGCACCCGCCGGUGUUUGGCAUCAGCGACGACAAGGCGGACGCCUACAUGAAGGUGCGCAUCACCUCCAACUGGACGGCCCGCGUGCACAUGCAGUGCGCGGUGUGGUGCCCCGAGUGCAAGGAGGACCCCCUCUUCCCGGGGUACUACCACCACAUGGGUCCCGCGGUUCGCCGCGGUCGGGCGCUGCGGUGCCGCACGUGCCGCGAGCGCGGUGCCACGGUGGGGUGCUUCCAGGAGGGCUGCCCCGCCGUCUACCACCUCACGUGCGCGGUGGGCGUGCAGUGCCAGUUCGAUGAGAGCACCAUGGAGGUGUGGUGCCCCAGUCAUACGCGGUAGCGGCUGCCGGUGUGGCUCCAAGGGGCGCCGGGGGGGGGUGUUCCUGCUGAAGAAAUGCGUGAUGCGGCUGUAGAUAGUGAACAUGAGCAAUGGGUGUCCAGAGGGAUGUCCAGAGGGGUGGGGUGGGGUGGGGUGUAGCAUGCAUGUGUCAUCGGCGUGACUGCUUGGGGUGCAUAGUGUUGCAUAGCGACAUAGGACGCAGAAGAGUGCGUUGUGAUUUGGUUAGGGUGAAUGGCUGCUUGAUCCAUGCAUCAGGUUUGCAUUGGAGGAGGACGGAGGUGUGUUUUUCAGAUGAUCCUCAACUACACACGUUCGUGGUGGGUAUAGUAACGGUGCUGCAUGUCACCAUCGUUGACCUAGGGCAUCCGUGAACUGGAGAAUUCAUUACCAUUGGGACUGCUUCGUUGACCGUGGUGGGUUAGGCUGGACUGGGCACUGAAGGAAGGAAGUACCAUGGGAAGGGUGUCCG